AGCUUGUCAGCGAGCCAGGGUGUUAACUGGGUAACCUUGGGACAGUCACUAUCCCAUCCAACGUAACUCCUAGGGUGGUUGUGAGGAUAACAUGGGAUGACCCCUGAGCUUGGAAGAUUACUUUUAAAAAGUAAUAAAUUACAGUUACAACUACAUGGCCCCAAAAAGUAGUAAUUACCACUACAAUUACAAUUGCUCUGAAAGUAACUGAUUACUUUUCCUCAGUUACUUUUUUUAAAAAAACACCUACAAGGUGCUGGCCUUGGCUGCUGCACAUCUAAGUAGCCUAAAACAACAUUAAAAAUAAACACACACAUACAGAGGUAGUAGAAGAAUUCUUUUUAUCCAUAAGAUAGCAAUGAUGGUCUCUCCGCUGGUAAGGGAGGUGGAGAGGGAGGCAGAGGCCACUACUCAGAUCUUUGCACGUCAAACCAAGUGCAACACACACACACCCAGCCAGCAAGCAUAAUCUCUCUCAACCGCCUCCCGGACCCUGCCCUGCCACCAACUAAGGGACACUUGCCCAAGCAAACAUUUUCCCCUGAGAUGCAAAACAGUUAAAAUACUGCAAAUGCAGCUCAGUAGCCAGAGAGGGUGGUGGAGGCUACUUUGUGUGCCAAGUGCAAACACAGUAUUCACACACACAUGCUCUCAUCUUUCACCUGCACAGUUCUUUAUCUCCAUUCUGCUGCUGCCUCCUCCUUUAUCCAUGUUCUUGCCUUCCGGCUCCUUUUCCCCUCCACGCCAUUCUUCACCACCACCAUCCAUUUUUUUAAACAAUUGUUUUCUCCACUCCACCCGUCUUGCUCUCCACCUCCUCCCUCGUCGCCUCCUACCCACCCACAGAGCAUGAGGGAACGACGCUGCACAGAAGCCCAGUUUGAGGCACAUGAUUUUCAUCCCAGAGUGCAGGACAUGGAAUAAUGGGCUCAAGUUGCAGGAAGCCAGAUUUCGACUGGACAUCAGGAAAAACUUCCUAACUGUUAGAGCCAUACGACAAUGGAACCAAUUACCUAGAAAGGUAGUGGGCUCUCCGACACUGGAGGCAUUCAGGAGGCAGCUGGACAGCCAUCUGUCAAGAAUGCUUUGAUUUGGAUUCCUGCAUUGAACAGGGGGUUGGACUCGAUGGCCUUGUAGGCCCCUUCCAACUAUGAUCCACAAGUCAGAGGAGCAGAAUACUUCCCCUGCUCCCCCCCCCAAAUUAAAGCCCAAAAGUAAUGCUGGCAACAUUACAAUUACUCCACAAAAGUAAUAAAAUUACUCCUAGUUCUAUUACAAUCAAAAUGUAAGGCAAUUACUCACUCGUUCCUCAAAAAAGUAAUGAAUUACAAGUAACGAAUUGCUUCCAAGCUCUGGAUGACCCUAUGUAUGCUUCUAAAUGUAUGUAAAUGUACUGCCUUCAAGUCUAUUCCGACUUAUGGUGGACCCUAUGAAUAGGGUUUUCAUGGUAAGCGGUAGUCAGAGGGGGUUUACCAUUGCCUCCCUCUGAGGCUGAGAGGCAGUGACUGGCCCAAGGUCGCCCAGUGAGCUUCAUGGCUGUGUGGGGAAUCGAACCCUGGUCUCCCAGGUUGUAGUCCAGCACCUUAAUCACUACACCACACUGGCUUCUGGCGGGAUGUAAAUUUAAUAAAUAAUCCAAAAGCUUCACAUGGAUAGUUUUUUGACAGUUGCCUUGUAAUUGCCCAGUAAGAGGUAAUCCAUUUUGGAGAUUUUGUUUUAACUUGCCCUCUGUGCAGUCUGUCUCUAGUUCGGUGGAGUUCCGCUUUCAGGCAACAUUUUUGCAAUUCAUCUGUCUGCCAAAUAACACUGUUGGAUUUUGGCUUGUGUUCUAGACUCUAGGGAGCCCUAAUCUUCAGCUUUUUCAGACCCAGGACCUGCUUUUAGUGACAAAUGCACUUUUUGGACCCAACCGCAAUUCAGGCUGUGAUCCAGUUAUGGGUCCUGACCAACCACUUGAAGAUACAUGUUCUAGGGCACAUUUCCAGCUUGUGCAAGCAUCAGUAUUGGUUGGCCUUAGCCAUUACACCAUUCUAAGAUGUGCCAAGUACUCUCCUUGCGUCUGUCUGUGAAGGAGUGUAGUUUUCUUUUGGAAUAUCUUUCUGAACUGUAUACUCUGCAUUGAAGUAUUCAGGAACCUAAAAAUCCAUGCAACUAUAACAUACAAGGAAACUGGUAUGUUGGCUAUACCUAUAUCAUUUCCUAACAAAGGGAUAGCAAAUGCAGAAUAGUAAAAUUCUAAUAUUUGGCCACUAGCCUGUGUGAGUUCAACAGGAGCUGCCAAAAUGAUUUCAAGCUUAACUUUGAAUCCAUAAGGGAUAGAAAUACUUUUUAAAUGCCCAUGCUUGUAUGAUCCUGCUUAUUCCAACUCUAGGUAAACAAGAGUUUAAAUAGAUUUAGCCCCUAAAAUAAAUAAUGAGCUGCAUUCACAAUAAGAGAGCUAGUGUGGUAUAGUGGUUAAAGUGUUGGAGUACGACCUGGGAGACCAGGGUUUGAAUCUCCACAUAGCCAUGAAGCUCACUGGGUGAUCUUGGGCCAGUCAUUGCCUCUCAACCUCAUGAAAACCCUAUUCACAGGUGGCCAUAAGUCAGAAUCGACUUGAAGGCAGUACAUUUACAUUUUUUACAUUCACAAUAAAUGAUAAACUGCUGGAUAACCCUAUAGCAAUUACUCAGCAGGAUGUACUUUUUUAUGAACUGCUUGCACCCUGUCGGAGUAUUCUCUUCUCAUGAAGACUUGUUCAGAACAGCAAUGGGAAAAUACUGGAGUUCUUUACUUCAAUUUCUAUGUGGCAGGGAUCCCUAAUCUUUUUGGGCACAGGAGCACAUUUGGAAAUUUAACAAACUGUCAUGGGCACCACAAAGCACCCAUUUCACAGAAAAAGCCCUCAUUUCCCCCAAAACAACAGGCAAACAGACAAUACCCUCCAAACAACAAAAGCCUUAAAGUUUUGUAUAAAAUUGAAGGGACAUGGGGCUCUGGCAGUCACCAAGGUGGGUGUCUGAGACAUGUCCACAGGUGCCACAUAGCGGACCACAGCUGUGAGGGCUCCAGGACAAAAAUGGCAAAGGGAACAGCUGAGUUCAGAAUGCAGCACCUAGUUUACUUUUGAGGGCUCCCAAGCAUGUGUUGUCAUUUAAAAAAUACUCCUGCAUUGCUGUACGUGCAUAAGGAAUUAUGAGGAGCUCCCAACUAAAGAAAGAUAAGGGACUGAAAUGGAGGAAGAUGUAGAAAGUUAAUAUUUUUGAAAGCAUAAAAAUUCUCUGAUUUGAGUGUUUUAGUUAAUGGUAGAGGAAAAUCUUGUGUCUCCCCCCCUUUUUUUUUUCUAGGUGCAUUAAUUAUACUGAGGAUUUAUAACAAGAAGUGUUUUUUCCCUUCCAUUGGGAAGGAUUAUUCCCCUGUCCCCCAAGAUCAGUGAGCUGAAGUCUGAAUAAAGAUGAUCUAUAUGGCAACAUGUUGGUUGUUAUGGAGCAAUUGUCUGCUGACAUCAUCACAGUGGCUGAUUGUGUGGUAAGGAAAUCAUGAAAGUUGCUAGGGAGGUAGUGGCAAAGGAAAACUGGUACAAUUGGACACGGUGGUCAGUGGCUCUCUUGCCCUCUGUCAAACAUGGCUUGUGUUACACGGGGGUACCUACAAAGGCAAAAGGAAUUCAUCCUUGAUGGUGUGGCAGUGGACACUAUAGCUAGCAGUUAUACCCACAUCCUACCCAAGUUGUGGUCUGCUUUGCCUCCUUACAAUGCUCAGUUGGACAUGCAUGCUGCCAGCUACUUCACAUCCCCUGUGGUCAAGUCAGUGCUGAAAAAGACGGAACAGACACGCGGAGGGACUUCCAGAGAUGGCUGGAUAGUAGAUUAUUUCCAUAUAUAUGGGCCAGGACAGAGAUACUUGAACAGGAGAAACUGGGCAGGGGCAGGUCAUUCUCCACAGCACAUAGCCGGUCACCAUUUGUACUUGACGGACACAAAACCUGUGAGAGGGUACAACGGACGAUACGGUUACCGCCGCAACACCCCUGAUCUCCGCACCCGCUCCUCUUGCUUUGGUGAAGUCACAUGGCUCUCCCUCCACUGAAUUGCAGCAAAUUGUUUCCUCAGUGUCUUCCUCUAACCAGACUACUGCUUUUGUUGUUGAUUGUUUUUU